AUUGUGGCUUUCUUCAUAUCUGUUGCUGUCUUACUCUUGGUACCGUCUCGCAGGGAAACUUCUCUGUCUGUUGUUGAGAAGGCAACUCGCUUUAAGAGAAUCGACCUCUUCGGAGUAUCUCUUUUGACAGUCGCCUUGAUCCUGCUUGUGUAUGCUGUCACAUCUGGGUCUAUCAAUGGUUGGCGCACCGCCGGUGCUAUUGCACCGCUGAUAAUAUCAGUAGUUUUGGCAGUUAUCUUCUUUGUCUGGGAGGCUAGGAUUGAAGAAAGUCUCGCAUCCUUACCUCCGAAGAUGUGGUUUUACGAGAACUUCAGCAUCAUCGUUGCUACGGCGCUCAUACCCUUCAUGUGGUGGGGAACUGUGCAAAUGCUCCUCUCUUGGUAUUGGCAGGAGAUAUUCGGAUGGACCACAAUAAUGACUGCUGUACAUUUUUUGCCCAUCGGCCUUAUGGGGUUCCCUGUCGUGGGAGCCACCAAUAUUAUGCAGAAAGUUCUCCCGCUGAAGUAUGUCAUGCUCAUUGGACAGAUUCUGUGUCUUGUGGGCACGGCUCUUCUGGCUUUUGGAAACUCGCCGCAUCGCUAUUGGUCCUUCGUUUUUCCAGGACUUCUUGUUGGCACGUCAGGGAGUACAAUGAUUUUUGCCACCGUAAAUAUGGGAGUCUUCGCUGUUACCCCUCCUGCAGUCGCGGGCAUGGCAGGCGCCAUUUUCAACUGCGCCCUUCAAGUAAGCUGCGCUGUCGGCACUGCAGUCAUCACUUCAAUUCAGAUCAGCGUGGAAGCUGAACACGGAGGUCCUCGAUCCUUCUAUGGACGCUCUGCAGGCUUCUGGUUCAUGUUUGCAUUUGUCGCAUUCAUAACUCUCUGCGUGGUAGUAUUCAUGCACAACACUUUGCCACCAAAGAAAGGGAAGGUUGAUACAAAUUCUCAUAAAAGUGAUCCCCAUGAUGGCCUGCCCGAAAGUAAGCUUCCAGAUGACAGUGUGUUGCCUGUAGUGUAG